GCCGCGCGUUUUAUCAUGUGUGUCUGUGACUCUGUUAUAUUAUGAGUAUGGGAUUGGGAUUUUCGUCAGUUGAGGAAGGAAUUUUAACCCAGUUAACAAGAUUUUCAGUUCGGAGUUCGGACAACAGGAGCAUUGUAGCGACUUGUUCAAUUACAAUUUACAAUUCAUGUCGUUACUACUGAGAUUCUGGCCAGGUUCAAUUGCAAUUCAGAAACCUCAGACAAGAUUAUCGCCGAGAUUCUUCGAUCCUUCUCAAAGAUACACUCCAUGCAAGAGCUCCUGGAAUUUCUGUUCUUGCCUGAAGCCGAAUCAGCAAAAUAGAGCACAUUUCAAAUCUUCUUCGGUCCCCCGAGAUUCCCCCCUUUCUGGAAUGGAGGAUGCUUUGAUGGGCUAUCUCUUUGGCAAGAAGAGGGCAACGGACGUUGCUCACAUGGUAUGGAAGCAUGUUGUCCAGAAAGGGGAUACAGUUGUUGAUGCCACUUGUGGCAAUGGUUAUGACACCUUGGCAAUGCUCAAAUUGGUUGCUCAUGGUUCAAAUAAGGGUUUCGUUUAUGCAUUGGACAUUCAGAAAGAUGCUUUGGAUAUGACUUCAUCCUGGCUGGACAAAUCCCUUGAUCCAACUGAGAAACAACUUAUCAAGCUCUUCAACAUCUGCCAUAGUAAAAUGGAGGAAGUGAUUCCAACAAAUGCAUCUGUUAGGCUUGUUGCUUUCAACUUAGGUUAUCUUCCUGGUGGUGACAAAGAAAUAAUAACAAGAUCAGAGACAACAUUACUAGCACUGGAAGCUGCCAAGAGAAUUUUAAUGCCAGGAGGGCUUAUCAGCAUAGUGGUCUAUGUGGGGCACCCUGGAGGAUGGGAAGAAUUGAAAAGUAUUGAAGCUUUUGCUGCUAGACUGUCUACUGAGGAUUGGAUCUGCUGUAAGCUCCAGAUGCUAAACCGACCAUCUGCUCCAAUGCCCAUUUUCUUAUUCAAAAGAUAAUGCAAAAAUGUCUGUUCUGGUAUCUUUCUUUCUUUCUUUUUUUUUUUUUUAAAUGAAAUAUUCACCUUCGCUAGCCGUUUAGAUGUGUCCUUUUCUGAUUUCUUGUUUGAAAGAACAUUAAUUUUUGUCUGAGCUCCUCUGCCAGGGAUUGAAUUACAUGUGUAAUUGGAAAUUAAUUUAAUGAGGCCUUAGCUUAA